AAGCGCGGAAACCCUUGACUGUUGGAAAGCCGGAAUCGCUGGAAGGUGGAAGUCCCGCCUUCACGGACGCCUUAGGAAGGGCGGAAGUCCCGCCUUCAAGGAUGCUUCGUGAGGGCGGAAGUAGAUGCCUUAGCGGAAGUGGCUGCAGUAAGGGAGGAAGGCCUGGUGGCUGCUAGGAGGUGGGGUUCGGUCCCCGCUAGGCUGUCGCCCGCUCUGGGCUGCGGCAAUGGAGCUGAGCUCCCACUACCUCCGAGAGAAGCUGCAGCGCGACCUGGAGGCGGAGCACGUGGAGGUGGAGGACACGACUCUGAACCGUUGCGCCACCAGCUUCCGAGUCCUGGUGGUGUCGACCAAGUUCGAGGGGAAGCCAUUGCUUCAGAGACACCGGCUGGUGAACGAGUGCCUAGCGGAAGAGCUCCCGCACAUCCACGCGUUUGAGCAGAAAACUCUGACCCCAGAGCAGUGGGCCCGGGAGCAGCCAAAAUGAGGGACCAGGACCUGCACCGCUAUUAAAUUAUGGAUCAGGGCUGGC